GAUGGCCUGAGAGAUGAGUUGGGCUUGUUUCUGCUCAGUUUCCCCACUCAGAGGAUGAGGGGGAGGGAGAGGACUAUGUGAUUCUUGCCUCCUCAGAGGCAGGAAUAAGAGGUAUGGACCUCCACAGCACCCCUGCAGCCUCCUCAGCCAUCCAGUGCUCAUCCCCCGCCCUUGAGUGAGAUUGGGAUUCCAGUCCCCUUGGUAACUGCUGCUGCUUCCCUGAAGCGUCCUGACACCGUCAUCCUUUCCCAUCUCCUCCUCCGGUAUACAGACACUGACAGGGCGUCAGGUUUCACAUUAGGGACCAAGUAUGGAUUUACCCCAGCCUUCUGACCCCCACUUCUAGAUUCUUUUCCUUGGGAGUUAUAAUUGGGCAGAAUAAUUAAACACAGUGUUGGGGAGGGAGCAUAAAGAACUGAAGGAACCGUGCCCGCCGCUUUUGGCCUUUUUCCUCCUCCCUUCUAUCUGUGCCCUGUUCCCCUUACUCGGCUUUCCACGACUUGGGGCGACUGGGUCCCACAUUCGUUGCCCUUUUAAAAGAGGCCCCGCCCACGCGGAGGGGGUUGGGUAGGGGCGGAGUCGGAGGCGUUGGGGAAGGAACAAAGCGCGGCCUGCGGGCGGCGGCCGAGCUCCGCUGGAGGAGCCGCGGGGUUCAGGGCCCGCGGGUGGAAUCCCGGGCGGAGCGUUGCAGGGGAAGGAGGCGGCAUUUUUGUCCGCGCCGGACCAGCCAUGAAUGGGCUGCCCUUGGCCGAGGCGCCGAGCGGCGCAGGCUGUUCCCUGGCCGGGCUACCGCCGCUACCGCGCGGCCUCAGCGGUCUCCUUAACGCGAGCGGGGGCUCGUGGCGGGAGCUGGAGCGCGUCUACAGCCAGCGCAGCCGCAUCCACGACGAGCUGAGCCGUGCCUCCCGUGUCCCGGACGGGCCCCGCGGCGCCGCCAACGCGGGACUCGCCGCCGGUCCCCCCGCCCUGCGUCGCCCUGUCAACCUCGAUUCGGCAUUAGCGGCGCUGCGCAAGGAGAUGGUGGGGUUGCGGCAGCUGGACAUGUCCCUGCUGUGCCAGCUGUGGGGCCUGUACGAGUCAAUCCAGGACUAUAAGCACCUGUGCCAAGACUUGAGCCUGUGCCAGGACCUGUCAUCCUCCCUGCACUCAGACAGCUCCUACCCACCUGAUGCUGGCCUAUCUGAUGACGACGAGCCUCCUGAUGCCAGCCUGCCCCCAGACCCGCCACCCCUCACCGUGCCCCAGACACACAAUGCCCGUGACCAGUGGCUGCAAGAUGCCUUCCAUAUCAGCCUCUGAAGAGCUGGGGGGUGGGGGUUGGCAGGGGGCAUGUACCCACGCAAAAGGCUCAGAAACCCCUUUGCAAGUACUCAGACUGUAGUGCCUGCUUUCCCUUGUACCACCUCACCUCACAGGAGGGCAAGGCCUGGGUCCUUCAGAGGCAUAGCUGCCAACCCCCUCCUGUCUUGGGUUAGCUGGCUCUGGGGCAGGCAUCUGGGCUACAGCCUCUGCCCAUGGCACUGGACCUCCACUUAUCUCACAUGUGUGCACCCCAGCUUGGCCAACCUUCAGCCUGACAGUGGGGCCCAAAGCAUCUUGUGCUCUCCUCGGCGUCUCUGGGAUUGGGAUGAGUGCCUGGUGCCCAUCUCCUUUUUACCUAUUGCUGCUGUUGGCAGCUGCUGGCUCAGGAGCAUCCCACCUCUAGUCCCCGGGUUCCACUCCCUAGACAAGGGCUUUAGGACCCAUUCCUGCACCCACCCACGGCCAGGAGGGCCAAGGCUCCAUGCUGGAUAUUUAAGUUUAGGGGCAUCCUCCUGGGCGCAUAGAUAAAUAAAUGCUCUCAGCGUU